AAUUUACUUGAUAUUUUAUCAAAUUGGUCCUAAAUUCUGUUUUUUUGUAUCACAUUGAAUGUGUAAGUGUGUAAUUUUAUGAUUACGACUCAAACACAACCUGGCGGCUUGAUUUGUGUGUUACAUCAUUCGAUGUCAGACAAUGGUGAAGCAGUGAAUCAGUGAUGUUACUGUGUAUUAUUUGUGUACAUCAUGGGUUAUGACAAGUGUGAAUUAUCAGUGAGAAUCAAGUGAUUUUUUUUUGACAGCUAUUUAAAUUUUAUUAUCGGAGUACGGGCAAGUCGGUACGAAGUGCUGAAGUGACGGGGGAGCAUCCAAUGCUUAACGUGUAGAAGCUUCUCUGUCAUUAUCAAAGUGGCAAUAUAACAUAAAGACUCCGGAUUCGAUACGUCAUGCCGUCAGCCCAUUUAACUCUUAGGGAAGAGGACGUGGUGCGUCUGACCCUAGAGUUUUUACAUAAUCGUGACCUGCACAUAUCUCAAUUGAGUGUUGAACGUGAAACUGGAGUAAUCAAUGGAAAUUAUUCCGACGAUGUUUUAUUUUUACGACAAUUAAUUUUAGAUGGACAAUGGGAUGAUGUUUUAGAAUUUAUUCAACCACUUGAAGCGUUGCAAUCGUUUGAUAUGAGAAAAUUCUGUUACACGAUUAUGACACAUAAAUAUGUCGAAUUAUUGUGUAUAAAAUCAGAGGCCGGAUUGCAGGGCAGCAAUGUGGAUAAUGCUGUUGAAGAAGUAGUUAAAGUUUUAAAUGAUCUCGAAAAAUAUGCCCCAUCAAAAGAGGACUAUUCAACAUUAUGUCUUCUUUUAACCUUGCCACGAUUAAACGAUCAUGCACUAUAUAAAGACUGGAAUCCUAGCAAUGCUAGGGUUAAAUGUUUUAGAGAAGUGUUUCCUCUAGUCGAACCUUUCUUGCCAGGUGAUAGAAAAACAUUAGAUCAAGCCAUGGGUACCACAACGACAGCGAAAAAUGACCGUCUUAUACAAUUAAUAAUAAAAGGGAUUUUAUAUGAAUCCUGUGUGAAUUAUUGCCAAGCAAAAGCAACGGGCUCAAAAGAAUCAUUAUCACAAGAAAUGAGUUUUUCACGCUUAUUGGAUGGUAGUGUGGGUUUCAGUGACAGUGAUUUAAGUUUGUUAUCUUGGUUACAAAGUAUCCCACCAGAGACAUUUUCAGUUCCUUUUGAACAACGCACCUUAAAUGUAGAUGUCGAACGAUUAGAGCGGCCAUCAUUAGAAACAUCGUGGACAGAACAUAUGUUGGUAACACCUAUUAAACCAAAAACUUUUCCACAUUCAGCGAUGCCAUUCACAAGGCCACGCUCAGCAGCGGAUGUUAUGUCUAGAUCUCUUCAUCCAGCUUUCGAUGGUUUAUCGAGUGGACUUGGUGGUUCACCGGCGCAUGUCACAAAUCCACGAAUGAUGGCUUUGUCUACAGGUGAUAUCAAUUCAAGUAAUCCAAUGUCACGUUCAAGUUUCGCUAGUUUUCAUCUAUCGGGUAGUGUAAAAAAUAGUAAAUUAAUGAAUUCAUCAGUUGAUCGAUUAUUCGAGAAUGAAAACGAAGUAUUUUUAAGUAGUAGUUAUGCUGAAUUUCAACAAUUACCGUCAAUCAUUGAACAAAGUACACCGAAAACGAUUCACUCACCCGCAUUACCCACAAACGGAACAAAUACAGACUCUAAAAGUCUUGAAAGAAUUCCAAACAAAUCACCUUUACCAAGUACUCCAGAACAUCAAAAAGGUAGAGAAUCACCAGCUUCUUCUUCCACUAAUUUAUCUUCGCGUCGUGACUCAUUAUCAGAAAAAACUGCUACUAUUAGUGUUAGCGGAAUCAAACAAAUGCUACCACCAACGGUACAACCAUUAACUUCUGCAUCAGAUACUCAUAUGGAUAAUAGUUAUAAUGGAGAUUUGCUUAAGGAAUACCAAAGACAAAAGCAACGAGUCCAAGAACAAAUUUCGGCAAAAGAAAGGGAGAGAGAAGAACUGAUUAGACAACAAAUUAAUCACCAUGACAAUAGAUUAAUAGAUGAAAAUACAAGACCUAAGACUGCUGUAAAUGGAGUUCCUCCACAUCAAAAUGCCACAACGAAUCUCAUUUCAUCAACACCAAAUCGAUUUAAUGGUGAUUCAGCACAACAUCAAAAUAUACCUGCACAUCAUCCACUUCAACAAAAUGGUAUGCAUUCAAAACAACAAGUUUUGAAUCAUAAACAACCGCCUGCUGAACCUCAUUAUGAAACUGUUAAGACACCGCCACAGAAAGGCGUACCUGAAAAUGAUAUUGAAACAAACGGUGGAUCUAGACCACGAUUUAUACCAGUCACAUCAUUGGAAGAUGUUCAAGCUGUUAGGUGUGCCGAAUUUCAUCCUGGUGGUCAAUUAUAUGCUGUUGGUUCAAACUCAAAAACGUUACGAAUUUGUGCGUAUCCAAAACUUAGUGAUAUUAGAAAUGAUCAUCAAACAUAUCAACCAACUGUACUUUUCAAAAGAACGAAACAUCAUAAAGGCUCUAUAUAUUGUUUAGCGUGGUCACCAAUGGGCGAUUUAUUGGCAACAGGUUCAAAUGACAAAACAGUGAAAUUAAUGCGUUUUAAUUCGGAUACAUCGAAUUUGGAAGGACAAGAAGUUGAGUUAACAAUGCACGAUGGCACAAUACGUGAUUUAUGUUUUAUAGAAGACUCAUCAAAUAAAUCAAGUUUAUUGAUAAGUGGCGGUGCGGGAGAUUGUAAAAUAUAUGUAACAGACUGCGAAACAGGUACACCCUUUCAAGCAUUAUCUGGACAUUCUGGUCAUGUGUUAUCGUUGUACAAUUGGGGUGGAGCUAUUUUUGUUAGUGGCAGUCAAGAUAAAUCAGUACGAUUUUGGGAUUUAAGGACAAGAGGAUGUGUUAAUGUUUUUACACCAGCAACAGUUCCCGGUAGUCGGCAAGGUUCCGGUGUCGCCUCAUUAUGUGUAGAAUCAUCAGGGCGUUUAUUAGUGUCAGGACAUGAAGACGGAUGUUGUGCUUUGUAUGAUAUUCGUGGCAAUAGACCAGUGCAAUGUUUUAAACCUCAUGCAGCUGAUGUAAGAUCUACGCGGUUUUCACCUUCGGCAUACUAUUUAUUAACUGCCGGAUAUGACAACAAACUUGUGUUAACUGAUUUGCAAGGUGAUUUAACAAUGGCAUUACCCAGUGUUGUCGUCGCACAACAUCAAGACAAAGUGAUAUCAGGCCGUUGGCAUCCAUCAGAAUUUUCAUUUAUUUCAACCAGCGCAGACAAAACUGCAACUUUAUGGGCGUUGCCGCCAUUUUAAACGUAUAUUUUUGUAUAUUAUUGGUCUAUAUUUAUAUAAUGAUAUAAUAUUUAACAAAUAUUUAGAAUUAACAUGACA